AUGGAGAAAUCUCUGGAUCUCUUACCGUCUCUGGUUGUAUUUCUAGCCGCAGCUCACGUUAUCGCCUUGUUUGCUGCGUCGAUCGUUGAUCGCUUUGGGAAUUGUGCGAUUUGUAGGUUUACUGGAUUUAUAGAUUGGCAUCUGAUCGUCAGCCUGAGAGAAAAAAAGUGCAAUAAGGAAACUUGGGGAGAUUCGAUUGGACUACGGUUCAUCGAUUGGUGGAGCCGCCUUACCGGUAAGCUUUUCGGGGUGACUGUCAUAUUUUCUGAGAGCAAUUCCCAAUUUAAGAACGUCAGAGAAACUUGUCAAAAGCUUUGA